AUGUUAGGUGAGCCUAAUCAGCUUCCUUACAAGAAUUUAAGAUAUCGAAAGCAUCAUGCAUCAGUGCCAGAACUUGAACGUGUUCCUCACCACACUGAAAAUGAGAUAAGGGAUGCCGUACUUCGACAAGUGGCAGCUGUAAAAUCAGAAAUGGAGCAAACGCGGGCCCUUCUCCGUGAACAAUCCAAAGAGUGUCUACGAUUAUAUUCAAAACUUAACUCCCUAUCCUCAAUCGAUCGACUUCCAGCUGAGAUCAAGACCGAGAUAUUCCACAACGCCUUGUUGCCAGUGAGCAACUUGAAGAACUUUCACGCCAGCACUGGCAGGGGAGGAGAUCUGUCAGUCACCCCUUUCUCUCUCGGGAAAAUUUGCAAGGGUUGGAGAAACUUUGUCUGGUCGUCCCCGUUGCUUUGGACCAAUAUACAUCUCUGCUUAUCGAAAAGAAGAUACGAGAGUCAGACCACUCUGCUUCGCGAGUGGCUGUCAAGAACUGCGGGAUGUGCCCUCUCCUUUCAUCUUACCGCGGUAGCUUCCGAACCGUUGCAGACCUGGAUCUUGGAUCCUCCUAGGGAAAUUCUGGUUGCCUUUGCGUCCGUUUCAACACAAUGGAAAGAAAUUGAAUUCUUUAUUCCCGACAACAAAGAUUGUUUCGAUGCCAUAUUCGUGGCUAAAAUCUCCUUACCCCUUCUCACCACUGCUACUGUUCGUUUGUUAGGUUCAGCGGAAGAAAAAAAAAUAGACCUAUUCUCCAUGGCUCCACAACUCUCAGCACUUCAUCUUUAUCCGACAUUCUACCUGGACAUGGUCACGGCUCCUUGGCACCAAUUGCGGGAGUUUAGCCACUCAGAGUCCACAGUGGAAGAAAUCCAUGCGUUUCUCCACAAGGCACCCAACAUAGCUCGCUGUUCUUUUCACAAUAUAGAUUCAGAGUUGAUUCUGAACUCGAGGUCGCUGAAUCCAGAUCUGUUCGAUCGCUCACCCAUGUUGGAACACUUGGAAUAUCUUGAAUUUUCUUUUUGCUCAAUCAACACCAGAUCAACGCGGAUUUUAGGGUCAGUCAAACUUCCUUCCUUGCGUGAGCUCUCCCUCAGCGGGCCAUAUGGUUCCUUGUGGCCCAUCCUGGACUCAAUUACGACACCAUUUCAUUCCUCGCCUCUCCUGGAAAAAUUCACUUUGGGUGGCACAAUAUCCUCUGACCACGACUUGAUCCGGAUUUUGGAAAAAAUCCCAUCAAUAACGGACCUAUGCCUCACCUUCACCACCAGCCGGCAUGAGUUGCUCACAAACGAGCUUCUCCAACGGCUCUGUCCACCCCAUGAAAAUAUCCUUCUCCCAAACUUGCGGAGCCUCACAUAUCAUGGUCCUACGUCGCUGAACAGCAACAUGCAUUUGCUCCGAGAUGUGCUUGUGUACAGAUCCAGACUCGGACAGUCUGCUUCACAUGCCACAGAAUACUCCGAACCAAGAACAAGUCGAAUACGAUCGGUAACCGUGAUAACGGCGGACGAACUUGUCGUCGGUCCAGACAUACAACAUGGCCUUGACACUCUUGUGCAAGACGGCCUUGUACUUUCAUUAACAUCAACUUGGAAAGACCGGUUUGGAGCUUAA